AUGAAAUUCUUCCCUGACAAUGACCUGAAUGCCCCAGUUGCAUUUUGCGUACGAACAUAUGUGGAUUUUGACGGUCUUUUGAACGGAAUCGAUGCCCCGAUACCAACAAGAGUGAUCUCGUUUUCAGCAAAGGAGUUCAUUCAGGUGAAACGUCGCUUCGACCAGAAUUGGUGGAUAGGUCGAUUAGUGAGAGAGGAUGCCCCAAUUGGAUUUAUUCCAAGUCCGACUAAGUUGGAGACAUUGAGGCAUUCCAUGCAGACCAAUCUGUCCCAACUUCUUCUCUCCGAGGCUUUGAAUGUGGCUGCUUCUACUGGAAAUACCACAGCUGGUGGGAAAUCAGGCUCAAUUUCCGGGACUGCCGGAUCUGCCACGCACUCCUCUGGCAAAGGAGGGGCUUGGCCAGCAUCCUUAGUCAAUGAAAGCGCACCUUCCGCAAACGAAAAGCACGUUUUCUUUGGAAAUGGCAUUUCUAAAACAAACGAACCUGCUAUCCCAAAUCUUGGUGUCACGUUACCUGACAUGGAACCGGAGAAAACAGCGGUUCAAGCAGUUCCGACUCUGGCUUCUACUCUUCCAGCUACACCAAAGAAGAAGCCAUUCUUUAGAAAGGGUUAUACCGGUCCACCGUACGAGUUAGUUCCAAAUGUACGUCCAGUUGUUGUCGUAGGGCCAGCACUUAAGGGCUAUGAAGUGACAGAUAUGAUGCAAAAGGCCCUUUUCGAUUCUCUCAAGCGGUAUUUUGAAGGCCGUCUCAUCGUAACCCGGGCACAAACUGAUGUCUCAGGGUGGAAGAGAUUGAAUGUUCUGUUGAAUAUGGACAAGAAGGCCCUCACCGAUAGAACCCGGGGUCGUCAAAUGAUCACAGCUCUUGAAGUUCAACGUGAAGUAGAGAGAAUAUUUGAUCUCGCGACCUCGAUGCAGCUGUUGGUUUUGGAUAAUGAGACAAUCAAUCAUCCACACCAGAUAGCUAAAUCAUCAUUAGCUCCAAUCAUGGUAUACAUUAAAAUCUCCAGUAUUCGUGUCCUUCAACGACUAAUAAAAAAUCGCGGCAAAUCACAAAAGAAGCAACUCAAUCAUCAGGUUGCGGCAGCUGAAAAAUUACUUCAGUGCGCUGAGGAGAGUUUUGACGUGGUUUUGGAGCAGAAUAAUUUGGAAGGAGCUACGGAGGCGCUGGCUAACUAUUUGGAAUCUUAUCUCAGGGCAAUCCACUUUAGUGGAACCGGGGAUAAGCAGCUCUCACCUCCACCAUCACAUACUGCACCAAAGAUUAAUGAAAACAAAGCCCUUCCACCAAUGAUCCCCGGUAGGCCGGGUCUAAACAUUGCUUUCGCUGCCGCUGGUUCAGCUGGUUUUCAAUUGCAAGAAUUAACUUGUCUCGCUGGCGACCGCCACGCAAUUCACUCCAGUGCCUUGGGAGAAGAAGGUGAGGGCUCCGGUGAAGGGGGAGAAGAGGGUGAAAACACAAAGAAAGAAGGCGAAGAAGGUGCAGGCGAUGCAGAAGACAAAGAAAAGAAAGCCGAAGGAGAUGCAACCGCUGGUGAGACUGCUGGUGAAUCUGGUGAUGCCAAGAAGAAAGACAGAACGGAUGGAGAAAUUGGCGAGAUGUCUUCGAAGCAAAAGAAUGCCCGAUCAGGAAGAGAAGGUAAACGUGAAGGUGGUAUUCUCAAACUCGGUGCUGGUAAAAAACAUCAGAAGCAGGCGCUGGCACAAAUUAUCCCCGAUAGAGCGCAUGCAAUUGCACUGGCUGAAGCGGUGGUCAAAAAUGCAAAUGCGGCAGCUGCUGCAGCUGCAGCGAAUAAAUUGGAAGUACCUGGAGGAGCUACUGUUGGUCUUCAUCAAUCUCAUCUGGCAGCGCAUAUCUACGCAAGUCGAUCCUCACGCCAAGCUAAACAGCGACAGGAGGAGAUUGAGAAUGCUCGGCGCCAAUCAGAAGAGGCUGCUCGAGCUGCAGCAGAAGCAAAAGCAUUAAACGGUGCUCAGCGGCAAGAGAAGCGUCGGCAACGUCGUCUCCAACUUGCUCAACAAGCUGCUGCGGCCGCUGCUGCACAUCAAAGGAAUACCUCACCCAUAACUCGAAGUCAAAGUGGAAUGGUCAAAUUCGGAGGCGAUAGUGAGCGGGGUCCGAUGUUACUUGGUCAAGGAUUCCGCGCCUCGCUUAAACCUCCUCCCGAUGAUGAGGAAUCGCAGAGUGCUCCCGGAAGCAACUUAAGGCGAAAUACUUCAAGUGCGGCGACAAAUGGAGCUCCCAAGUUCAAAAAACCCAUACCUUUAAUUAUUCAUCCUCCAGAAACUUAA